GGCCGCCCGCGAACUUGAGCCGCGGCGCAGGGCUGCUCCCGCACUCGGGCCGCAGCCUCAGGGCUUCAGUUUCUCUCCAGGUCCCAGCGGCCGAGGCCUCGGUGUCCCUCCGAGCUGGCCGCGGGCCUCUGUUUCCCCUCCGUCCUGAACUCCCCGCGCCCCCAGUCCCAGGCCUCAAUCCCAAGGAGGAGGCCUCGGAUGGAGCACUAAUCCCCUGAAAGCAGAAGUCUUGCGCCUCAGUUUCCUCAUUGGUACCGAUGAACCCUCAGUUACCACCCCCUCCCCUGGAGAGUGGUCUCAGGCCUCAGUUUCCCCAGUGGUCCCCCGGAGGGUUGAGCCCCCGACUCCCAGUCUUAGAUGCGCGGGCCCGGGCCUCAGUUUACCAGCUCGCACCGGCGGGCCGAGCCCCCCACCCGCCCACCGGCGGCGGCCAAUGGCUGAGGCGCCCCCCGAAUUGGGGCGGAGCCGCAUCACGUGUCGGGAAGAAAGAACUAGCGGGGCGCGGGGUUGGAGCAGCCAUGGCAGCCUGUCGCUGCCCGCAGCUCCGGAGCCGCUGUCCCCGGCGGGCGGCGCGGGCGAGGAGGCGCCGGAUGAGGACGAGGAGGAGGCGGAGGCCGAAGACCCCGAGCGGCCGGCGGGAGCGAGCGGAACGCGCAGCGGUGGCGGAGGCGGCGGCGGCGGCGGCGGCGGCGGGGCGGGAGCAGGGGGCGGUGGCGGGCCGGGGGGCGCGCUCCCCAGGCGCGCGGUCACCCUGCGGGUGCUCCUCAAAGACGCGCAGCUGGAGCCGGGCGCCGGGGUGCUGUCUAUCUACUACUUGGGGAAGAAGUUCAUGGGGGACCUGCAGCCAGACGGGAGGAUCGUGUGGCAGGAAACAGGGCAGGUGUUCAACUCACCCAGUGCCUGGGCCACCCACUGCAAGAAGCUGGUGAACCCGGCCAAGAAGUCGGGUUGUGGCUGGGCCUCCGUCAAGUACAAGGGCCAGAAACUGGACAAGUACAAGGCCGCCUGGCUCAGGCGACACCAGCUCCACGUGCCUGCAGCUGUCGCCGAUGAGAGCCCAGCCAGUGAAGGGGAGGAGGAGGAGCUGCUGAUGGAGGAAGAGGAGGAGGAGGUUCUGGCAGGGGUCUCAGCAGAGGACAAAAGUCGAAGACCACCUGCAAAGGGCCCCUCAGAGCCUGCCCAUCCUGAGGCCACGCCCCUGGGGAAGCGAGUGGAAAACAAGAUCCGGGUGCCAGUGCGAUACUGCAUGUUGGGCAGUCGCGACUCUGCCAGGAACCCCCAUACCCUGGUGGAAGUAACAUCCUUCGCAGCCAUCAACAAGUUCCAGCCGUUCAAUGUGGCCAUCUCCAGCAACGUGCUGUUCCUGCUGGACUUCCACAGCCACUUAACUCGCAGCGAGGUCGUGGGGUACCUGGGGGGCCGCUGGGACAUCAACAGCCAGAUGCUCACGGUGCUGAGAGCCUUUCCCUGUCGCAGCCGGUUGGGGGACGUGGAUACCGGGGCCACUAUGGAAGAGGAGAUCUAUCAGAGCCUGCUUCUGCGGGGCCUGUCCCUGGUGGGCUGGUACCACAGCCACCCACACAGCCCGGCGCUGCCGUCGCUGCAGGACAUUGACACGCAGAUGGACUACCAGCUGCGGCUGCAGGGCUCCAGCAAUGGCUUCCAGCCCUGCCUCGCCCUGCUCUGCUCCCCUUACUACUCUGGCAACCAGGGUCCAGAGUCCAAGAUCUCCCCGUUCUGGGUGAUGCCACCCCCUGAGCAAAGGCCCAGUGACUACGGUAUCCCCAUGGACGUGGAGAUGGCUUAUGUCCAGGACAGCUUCCUGACUAAUGACAUCCUCCAUGAGAUGAUGCUGCUGGUGGAGUUCUACAAGGGCGCCCCGGACCUGGUGAGAUUCCAGGAACCCUGGAACCAGGAGCACACCUACCUUGACAAGCUCAAGAUCUCCCUGGCCAGCAGGAUGCCCAAGGACCAGGGCCUGUGCCAUGUGCUGGAGCAGGUGUACAGCGUCCUUAAGCAAGGGAACUGAGAGGAUCGAUCUCUGAGGACCUGGGAGGCCUCCUGGUCAGACUCGGCACCCCCCAACCCUGGGUGAGGGGGAGCAGGUCGAGAGGUUUCAUUCACGACUGUAUUGCUCUGAUCCUGUGGGACUGAGGUGUUCGAUGGCAGGGGCUCAUAUAAUAAAGGA